GGUGACGAUGAUGAAGGAAAGCUCUUUACCCCUGAGGAAUAUGAAGAGUACAAAAGAAACGUAUUACCAAUGCGGUUACAGAACAGGUUGUACGUGAGCUGGAGAUCACCAACUGGCAUGGACUGUAAGCUUGUGGGACCGGAGACGCUGUGCUUCUGUACUCACCGGUAUAAACAACACAAAACGGACUAUGAAGUGAUUCCCAAAGACCGUCCCAUUUGUGUGCCUUGUAGAGUGAGCCGUUGUCUGUGCCAGUCCUAUCACUAUGUCCCUCUAAAUGGCACACAGCCCAUCCGUUGCAGAUGCAAACACUUUGCCGAUCAGCACAGUGCAGCACCUGGAUUUUCAUGUAACUCUUGUUCCAAGUGUUCGGGCUUCCACAGUUGCUUUACCUGUGCAUGUGGUCAGCCCACACAUGCUCAUGAAACGGUUGUGGAAACUAAACAAGAGCGCUUAGCCCAAGGAAAGCCUGUGGGGCAGGAUGUUCCGUAUGCUGCUAUGGGAGGACUGACUGGUUUUAGUUCACUAGCAGAAGGCUACAUGAGACUCGAUGACAGUGGAAUAGGGGCUCCUUCUGCUGAACUUUCAGAAUCCACUGUUACCAGCAUGGAUCAUCCAUUUCUAAAAGCAUUUCAGGGACCUCCUACUUCUGCUCAGACCAUCUCACAGAUAGCAGGUUGUUCUAGUGCCACAAGGCAAAUUUCUGAUGGAAAGCAUUCAGAAGAUGACGACAUGGCUUACUUUGAAAAACGUUAUCAAGAACAGCUGAAAAAGGAGAAGGCUGCUAAACGGAAAGAGAAAAGUCCAAAGAAGCC